AUGCCGCCCGUCUCCAUCAAGUUCUACAGUUUGAUCACUCCACCCGUCUCCAUCAAGUUCUACAGUUUGACCACUCCGCCCGUCUCAAUCAAGUUCCACAAUUUGACUACUCCGUCCGUCUCCAUCAGGUUCUACAGUUUGACCACUCCACCCGUCUCAAUCAAGAUCUACAAUUUGACCACUCCACCCGUCUCAAUCAAGUUCUACAAUUUGACCACUCCGCCCGUCUCAAUCAAGUUCUACAUCUCCAUCAAGUUCUACAGUUUGACCACCCCGCCCGUCUACAUCUUGUUCUACAGUUUGACCACUCCGUCUGUCUCCAUCAAGUUAUACAAUUUGACCACUCCGCCCAUCUCCAUCAAGUUCUACAGUUUGAACACACCACCCGUCUCCAUCAAGUUCUACAGUUUAACCACUCCGCCCGUCUUCAUCAAUUUAACCACUCCGUCCGUCUCCAUCAAGUUCUACAGUUUGACCACUUCGCCCGUCUCCAUCAAGUUCCACAAUUUGACCACUCCGCCCGUCUCCAUCAAGUUCCACAAUUCGACCACUCCCUCCGUCUUCAUCAAGAUCUACAGUUUGACCACUCCGCCCGUCUCCAUUAAGUUCUACAAUUUGACCACUCCGCCCGUCUACAUCAAGUUCUACAGUUUGACCACUCCGCCCGUCUCCAUGAAGUUCUACAAUUUGACCAAUGAAUCCGUCUCCAUCAAGUUCUACAAUUUGACCAUUCCGUCCGUCUCCAUCAAGUUCCACAAUUUGACCACUCCGCCCGUCUCCAUCAAGUUCUACAGUUUGACCACUCCGCCCGUCUCCAUCAAAUUCUACAUCUCAUUCAAGUUCCACAAUUUGAUCACUCCUCCCGUCUCAAUCAAAUUCUACAGUUUGACCACUCCAACCGUCUCCAUCAAGUUCUACAAUUUGACCACUCCGCCCGUCUACAUAAAGUUCUACAGUUUGACCACUCCGUCUGUCUCCAUCAAGUUCUACAAUUUGACCACUCCGACCGUCUCCAUCAAGUUAUACAGUUUGACAACUCCGCCCGUCUCCAUCAAGUUCCAUAAUUUGACCAUUCCGCCCGACUCCAUCAAGUUCUACAGUUUGACCACUCCGCUCUUCUCCAUCAAGUUCCACAAUUUGACCAAUCCCUCCGUCUCCAUCAAGUUCUACAGUUUGACCACUCCGCCCGUCUCCAUCAAGUUCCACAAUUUGACCACUCCCUCCGUCUCCAUCAAGUUCUACAGUUUGACCACUCCACCCGUCUUCAUCAAGUUCUACAGUUUAACCACUCCGCACGUCUCCAUCAAGUUCUACAUCUCCAUCAAGUUCUACAGUUUGACCACCCCGCCCGUCUACAUCUUGUUCUACAGUUUGACCACUCCGUCUGUCUCCAUCAAGUUAUACAAUUUGACCACUCCGCCCAUCUCCAUCAAGUUCUACAGUUUGAACACACCACCCGUCUCCAUCAAGUUCUACAGUUUAACCACUCCGCCCGUCUUCAUCAAUUUGACCACUCCGUCCGUAUCCAUCAAGUUCAACAGUUUGACCACUCCGCCCGCUUCAAUCAAGUUCUACAGUUUGACCACUCUGUCCGUCUCAAUCAAGUUCUACAGUUUGACCACUCCGCCCGUCUCCAUCAAGUUCUACAAUUUGACCACUCCUCCCGUCUACAUCAAGUUCUACAGUUUGACCACUCCGUCCGUCUCCAUCAAGUUCCACAAUUUGACCACUCCGCCAGUCUCCAUCAAGUUUUACAGUUUGACCAUUCCAUCCGUCCCCAUCAAGUUCCACAAUUUAAUCACUCCGCCCGUCUCCUUCAAGUUCUUCAGUUUGACCACUCCGUCUGUCUCCAUCAAGUUAUACAAUUUGACCACUCCGCCCAUCUCCAUCAAGUUCUACAGUUUGAACACACCACAGUUCUACAGUUUGAUCACUCCGCCCGUCUCAAUCAAGUUCUACAGUUUGACCACUCCGUCCGUCUCCAUCAAAUUCUACAGUUUGACCACUCUAACCGUCUCCAUUAAGUUCUACAAUUUGACCACUCCGCCCGUCUACAUAAAGUUCUACAGUUUGACCACUCCGUCUGUCUCCAUCAAGUUCUACAAUUUGACCAAUCCGACCGUCUCCAUCAAGUUAUACAGUUUGACAACUCCGCCCGUCUCCAUCAAGUUCCAUAAUUUGACCAUUCCGCCCGACUCCCUCAAGUUCUACAGUUUGACCACUCCGCUCUUCUCCAUCAAGUUCCACAAUUUGACCAAUCCCUUCGUCUCCAUCAAGUUCUACAGUUUGACCACUCCGCCCGUCUCCAUCAAGUUCCACAAUUUGACCACUCCCUCCGUCUCCAUCAAGUUCUACAGUUUGACCACUCCACACGUCUUCAUCAAGUUCUACAGUUUAACCACUCCGCACGUCUCCAUCAAGUUCUACAUCUCCAUCAAGUUCUACAGUUUGACCACCCCGCCCGUCUACAUCUUGUUCUACAGUUUGACCACUCCGUCUGUCUCCAUCAAGUUAUACAAUUUGACCACUCCGCCCAUCUCCAUCAAGUUCUACAGUUUGAACACACCACCUGUCUCCAUCAAGUUCUACAGUUUAACCACUCCGCCCGUCUUCAUCAAGUUCUAA